AUGGAUCCAUCUAAGAAGCGAAAGCUGGACGAGAACGGCGUCGUUCUGGACACCGACCCCUCCUCCAUCCCUAAACUCUCCCCCGAAGACGCUCGCAAGCUCAUUGAGCGAUUCAACCCCGAUCAACUCAUCGACAUUCUCCAAGACGCCGUCACCCGCCACGUGGACGUCCUUGACGCCGUCCGAUCGAUCGCCGAUCUCGACGCCUCGCAGCGCAAGCUCUUCAUCCGAGGCCUCGGCUGGGACACCACCACCGAGGGCCUCCGCGCUCUGUUCUCCGCCUACGGCGAGCUCGAGGAGGCCAUCGUCAUCCUCGAUAAGGUCACCGGAAAAUCCAGGGGCUACGGCUUCGUCACAUUUAGACACGUCGACGGCGCUCUCUUAGCCCUAAAAGAGCCGAGCAAGAAGAUCGACGGUCGCAUGACCGUGACUCAGCUCGCGGCCGCAGGGAAUUCGAGCUCGAAUGUCAGCUCCAACAACGCAGCCGACGUGUCGUUGCGGAAGAUUUAUGUAGCCAAUGUGCCGUACGACAUGCCGGCGGAUAAGCUCUUGGCGCAUUUUUCUUUCUAUGGGGAGAUAGAGGAGGGGCCGCUAGGGUUUGACAAGCAGACUGGGAAGUGCAAAGGGUACGCGCUGUUUGUGUAUAAGACUCCGGAGGGCGCUCAGGCUGCGCUGGUCGAUCCGGUGAAGAACAUCGAGGGGAGGCAAUUGACUUGUAAAUUGGCGAUUGAUGGGAAAAAGGGCAAGCCAGACGGGCCCGGUCAGGGUCAAGGACCUGGGAGUGGCCCUAAUGCGCACGGGGACGGUAUGGGGCUGGCACAACCGUCUUCGAUUGCCGGGCAGUAUGGCGGGCCCGGUGGGAUUGGGUCGUAUGGUGGGUUUUCCGGUGGGCACCAGGGCCCACCUCCGUUGGGUCAUCAUCCAUUAGGUGGCCCCGGGCUGUCGUCUGUUGGAAAUCAGGUGAAUUCGGGUUUGGGUGCUAGUGGUGGGUAUGGGGCCGGGUUGGGUGGGCCUUAUGGUAAUUACGGCGGGCCUGGUUCGGUGGGUUAUGGUUUAGGUGGCGCUGGUGGGUUGGGUGGAGCUGGUGGUGGACUUGGUGGUGCUGCGUCUGGUGGUGGAGCUCCCGGUGGCGGUGUGGGAACUGGGUCGUCUUUGUAUGGAUUGGCGCCAAGUUCAGCUGGGUUGCCCUCUAGUAGGUUCCCAGAGAGCGGGCACUACGGCUUGUCGUCCUAUCAGAAUCAGCACCACCAGCAAGCUGGAACAUCACCCAUGCCUAGGGUUCCGCCAGGGGGGAUGUACCCGAAUGUGCCACCUUAUUACUAA